GCAUACAGAUACUUGUACAAAAUUAAGGUACUUAAAAAAUACUUUUGGCAUUCUCACCAAUUCAUACAAAUCACGCUUUUGGCCUGCUAGAAGAAGUUCCGUUGAUACACGACCACCAACAAUACAAGUAACAACAACAGCAAUAUGCAAAUACUCGUUAUAACACCGGCAGGCAAGACCAUUAAAAUGGAUGUGGUUGAUGAGCCCGACGUGCAACAGGAACUUCCGAAAACAAAGCUGACCUUGCCUAAUGCGGCUACCGUAACAGAAGUUGCCGAUGAUUGUCCAAGCACAUCCCGUAAUGCGCAGCAACUGCAUUUCGCCAAUCAGAAGUCAACCCAAAUGAGCAACUCCACGUGCACUGGCAGGUGUUGCCGUCAUAGCAACCACAGCACAAACUGACCCCAAUGCUGUGCAUUAUAUUUCAACUCAACUCAAAAAAUAAACUACAGAUGUUUCCGCUGUGCUGCUGUUGUUGUCGUCUCGAGCUGCAGCUCACCUGCAUAUACAUUGGACUCAUAGAAAUUGUCUUGGCAGUGACACGUUUGGCCACCUUUAUUCGCCCAGACGAAAACAUAAUUGUGUGGCGCGACUGUCCUAACUGUCAAAAUAUGACGAGUACGCUCGGACUUUUCCCCUUACCGAGCUACCUGCUGCCACGAACUUUUCUAUUUUGCCUGCAGUUACUAACCGGAGUGUUGUUGGUUGUGGGAGCAGGCCGGCAAAUACGUCACUUUAUACUGGUAUAUUUGGUGACGUCCGUAGUCACCACAUCGUUAUCUCUUUGCUUCAUAAUUUUCCUAUUGGUUGAGCCUACUCAGAAGAAGGUGCCCAUUUGGGUGUUGUACACACGCUGGCUUAUCCUGUAUGGACCAACGCCUUACUUUUGGUUGGUGGCGAUUUUUUACAUUUUGGAAAUGCUGGAGAUUGAACGAGCUGUCGGGUACUGAUGAAUCUUUUUCUGAGCGUUUCAAUUAAACAUUUAGUAAACGAAUGCGCAAACCUAAUAAAAUAUGCGCCGCACGCACGCUAAAAGCAAA